UUAGGCCACAAUCCUCAAAUAAACACCGAAGAAGAAGAGAAAAGCCAGUUCUUCAGUUUGGCGGGUUUCUGGGAUCUGAUGGAGGAGAGUGAAGAUAAGAAACAUCAUCACGGCAAAACCAGUGAUAACACUCGCUCACAGACUGAAAGAGUUUCUGUACUGAAAAGAAGAAACAAGAAAAGUUGCACCUGCACUCAGUGUGGAAAGAGUUUGUCAAACAACUUUACUCUCAGUGUUCACAUGAGGAUCCACACUGGAGAGAAACCGUUCACAUGUGAUCAGUGCGAGAAGAGCUUCACAGAUUUAGGAAGUCUGAGGAAUCACGAGAACAUCCACACCAGAGAGAAACUGCAUGAAUGUGAUCAAUGUGGAAAAACAUUUGUACGAGCUUCACACCUGAAGAAUCACCUGAAAGUUCAUUCCAAAGAGAAACCACAUUCAUGUUCUUUAUGUGGAAAGAGCUUUUCAGAACUGAGGAAUUUAAAACUUCAUCAGACGAUACACACUGGUGUGAGAGAUCAUAUGUGCUUUGAGUGUGACAAGACUUUUAUUACAACUCAACAUUUAAAACUGCACCAGAGGAUCCACACUGGAGAGAAACCUUACAAGUGUUCACACUGCGACAAGAGAUUCAGUCGGUCAGGAGACCUGAAAUCACACGAGAGGAUUCACACUGGAGAGAAACCGUACAAGUGUGAUCAUUGUGGGAAGAGUUUCGCACACAACGGAAAUUUUAAGAAACACGUGAACAUCCACACUGGAGAGAAGCUGCACCCAUGUGAUCUGUGUGAAAAAACAUUUCUAAGAGCUUCACACCUGAAGAGUCACCUGAAAGUCCAUUCAAAGUAGGACCCACAUUCAUGUUCUUUGUGUGGAGAGAGUUUUACUCGUCUUCAGAGUUUAAAAGUUCAUUAGAAGAGACACACUGGUGUGAGAGAUCAUAUGUGCUUCGAGUGUGAGAAGAUUUUUAUUACAACUCAACAUUUAAAACUGCACCAGAGGAUCCACACUGUUUCACUCAAACAUCUACUACACAAACACACUAAACACAUUCAGAGUAAAUCAUCUUCAGAUCCAGCUCAAGUUAACAACUUUAUUAAUCCCACAAGUGACUGUUAGCAUAGUAGCAUCAUAUAACAAACACAAGAUAUCACAUAGAAAUACAAAAAAGUAAAAACACAACCCAACAUGCUUCAUUAAUAAAUUUGUAAAAAAAAAUGUAUUCUUGUCUUUUCUGAGGUAAAAUAUUGUGACUAUUCAUAAGCCGUUUGAUUGCUGCUAUAAAUGCUUAGUUAUAAAAAAUAUACGUUUUCAAGUACAUUCAUUAUAUGUAGUUCACCAGCCACCUGAUAAUUGUGAUACGCUUUGUGGUGUUACUUUUAUUAUAAUACAAAAUCUCACCUGUCAAGUUCUGUUUAAACAAAUAAAACAUUGUAUUAUAAGCAAGGCAAGGCAA